GUGACCUUUCCUUUUCUGCUAGUCAACAUCAGACCCAGUAGACAGACAGACGCCUUGGCCGCGAGACUCGACUCAGUCAUACAUACAUUCAACUUUUUUUUUUACAUCAUAUACAUCGCCCAAAAUGGCAACUCCGAACCAACAGAACCUGGUAGAGAAGAACGAGGAGUAUGUCAAAAACUUUACUCAUGGCCAUCUCGAGCUUCCACCCGCAAAAAAAUAUCUGGUUUUAACCUGCAUGGAUGCCCGCAUAGACCCAGCGGCGGCCUUUGGCAUCGGCCUGGGCGACGCCCACGUGAUCCGCAACGCCGGCGCCAGCGCGCGCGACGGCCUGCGGUCCGUCGUCAUCUCGCAGCUGCUGCUGGGCACGCGCGAGGUCCUGCUGGUCAAGCACACGGGCUGCGGCAUGCUGACCUUUACGGGCGAGCAGGCGCACGCCCUGGUCCGAGAUAACUACGGCGUCGAGGCCGCCACCGAGCUGGCCGGGCUUGACUUUCUCGAGUUUCCUGACCUCGAGCAGGCCGUCAGGGACGAUGUUGCUUUCCUCAAGGCGUCAAAGGCCGUGCCGGAUCAUGUUGUCGUCAGCGGGUGGGUGUACGAGGUCGAGACGGGUAAGGCGAGGAGGGUUGAGUGA